UCAGCUAAUAAAAUGACUCAAAACUCUUUGAUUAAACUACAAAAGUUGAUCAUGAGUCGAUCUAUCAUCUUAGCUUGGUCUCAUUCAAAAUCUCUCACAUUAGGAUGAAAUCUGGGAUUAAAAGAUUAGGAAUUAGUUACAUUACUUUUCCUAAGCUUAAUGUUUUAAGGUAAGAGAGCCAUGAGUUUUAGUUAAAAAAUACAGCAAGAGAUACUUCAAAACACCUCACCCUGCUUUAGAAUUCUUUUUAUCGCAGAGUUUAGGCUACAAAUAUUCUUCCAGGAAAUAUCUGAUGAGUUCUUGGUUAAGUACUAAUGUUUUCCAAAUCGGUGAACCCCUGGCUCCUGGAGGUUCUUCCGAAUGGCCUUGAAGGGUAAUCCUAAUUGUAUCUACAUGGAUUCAUUAAAAGGACUCUGGGGGUAAAACCAAAUGCUUCUGAUAUUUUCGGUAGAUAUUACCGUAAAAAUAGUAUAUAAUUAAAUUGAUUCAUGAGAACUCAUCCUUUGGUUCCAUGAAGAUGAAGUUGGAAUUAGAAGUUAUUUCCUAGCCUUGGUGGACUGAUGUCUCCCUUUACAAGCUCGUCUCAAUAAUUUGUAAAUAAAAUUUAUGUAAGAAGGACUCGAUUUUAUCUAAAACGAAGAACUUCUGAUGGGGCAAACUCGAAAGCCUUAAUCAAAACAUACAUUGUUACUAAAUAUUACAAAAUUACUAAAGAGCUACCUCAUUCCAUGUACCUCUAGCCUUGAUUGGUUCUCUAAGCUAUCCAGGUUCCCAUUCUCUCCAGUGUCUUAGCAUCCUUCCAGAUUUAUUAAAUAGAAGGUUAUCCUAACUAAUUUCCAGAUGUUUGAGAAGGCAAAUGUUAAUUAUUAACUUUAUUUACGGACCCUUUUAAAUUAAACAUUAUUUUAGAAGAAAAUGGGGCGAUAUGAAGACGGAAGGGGAAAUAGAGGGUUUUUAUUAGGAUAACUGCUUAAAGGAAGAUGAAUUAGGGGUUUGGAAGGAUUGAGUGAGAUAGUAGGUUUAACUGAAGUUUAGAGGGUUAGAAAGUAGAGGAGAGCGGUAAGGUAGUGGUAAAUGGGUUUGGAAUUGAGAUAUGUAUGCUGAGGUUUUUAGAUUUUGUCUUUAUCUGUUCUGGAAGUCGAAUUUUUUAGAGUAGACUAGAGAAUGAAGAGUCUUUAUACUUUAACAAUGGAAAUAUCGUCAAGAAAAAUUGCGAGGAAACAAAAUGUUGUCAUUGGGUUUAUAAAUAUUAAGAAUUAUCCUUAUUUUACAAAAAUGGAAGAUUUUUAUUCUCUUUUUUCUUUUGUUCUUAAAUAUUUUAGCUUUAAAUUCUCAUAUAGCAGAUCUUUGAGCCUAUCUCUUCACUUAUAACCAUCUAAAAUUAUGAGAAUAGCAUCCUGCUAAAAUUUUCCUCUUUAAACCACUUCAACUUAUCAUAAAAAUUCAGCAACUUUUUGAGGCAAAUCAAUUUUUUAAUUUUCACCUAAAUCAUUGAUGGCAAAUUUCCCAAUUACAGCAAAAUUUUCCCCAAUACUCAACAUUCCUAUUAUCAAAAGCUCUAGCUCCCUCUAGAGCUUGAGUAAAGAUUUAUUGUGGUUGAUUCAACGACUUGGAGUCUUAUUAGUGUCCUCAAGAAGGAUAUAAUACCUUUGGUCACUAACCUUCGGAAAAUAUUAGCAUCCAGAAUCGAAAGAAUUCUGGGAAGAUCCCAUGUGUGUACAAAAUGUUUAAUACCUCCCAAAAUUAGGAAGGGCUGUUCAGGACGAUUUCUUGAAGGCAACUAUAUUCAAUUUUUUGUUUGUCAUUAAAUUAUAAUCCUCUGAAUCUGAGAUGGUUGAGGACUUUAUCUGAGCCCAUAGAGGCUAAUUAUCGAUAAUAGACUCAUGUUAUACUUCAUAUCUCUAAUCCAUAUUCUGGCUGAUCACAGUUUGUUAGAUUAUAGUAUUUAAGCACCUUCUAGAAUGUUAUGUUAAGAACUUUUCUGAUAAUUUAGCACUCCUUUUGAACGAUUUUUGUUAAAAAUGAAGAGUUAAAUAGUUCCUAAAAGCUCACUCAUCCCUUAGAAAAAUGCUAAGGCCUCAACUUAAAUUCAUGAAUUUACCCUGCUGGCAAACUCUGCCAUCCCUCGGAACAGUUUUCUAUAAAAUUUAUUUAAAUGAUCAUGAAUCAAACGACGAAUUGGCCUGUUUCAAGCCAAAACUUUACUCAAGGAAUAAGCUUCAGUUAUGACUCUAUCCUACAGGAACUUAACAAAUUCUGAUGGUGUAUGUCUGAGCAAGAUACUACGAAUAGUUCCUUAAGUUUGGAAAAAUCUCAAAUAGUUGCCGAAGAAUCCAAGUCAAUCACCAAAGUGGUUUCUUCUGCAGCAAAAGUUGCUCCUGUGAAGCAAAGAAAAAGAAAGGUGAACCUACCUAACCUAGACGCUAACUUGAGAAGAAUACUUCAAGCUGUUCAAACAGGAGAGGAUUUAGUUUUUGAAGGUAAAGAUAAAACUACUCGAGGGCUCCACAGAGGAAAAUCUAAGCGUCGCUCCAAAUAUAUCGGAGUACUGACCAACAAUGAAAGGUGGCAAUCGCUGAUCAAUGUUGGGCUUAAGAAGCAAUAUAUCGGUACUUUCUGCACUGAAGAACAAGCUGCUCUCUCAUAUGAUUUCUACGCUAUUGGGAUGCAUUUCUUUGAGGCUAAAACUAAUUUUACCUACACUGCAAGCCAGCUAGCCCCAAUGAUCGAAGAUUACUUUGCAAGCUCCAACAUUUUUGAUCCUUCAAAAUUCAUAUAACUUGUUUCCAAUCUAUAAA